UCAUGUUGUGAUGAAGUAUUUGUGCUUUCGCUCGGAUUUGUUGUUUCUCCAGAGGGGCCAGAAAAAAAGAAACAUUAACAUGUCGUUCUCAUAAGUCGGAUUUUAAUAGACGACUCGUGUGUGAGUGCGCGCGCGCUCCAACCGCGGUGUGUUUUGUUGUCCGCGUGCAGGUGAGAACAGAGGACUCAGCGCGCGCUCUGCUCCCUCGCGCUCAUCCUCUUCCUCGUUCGUUUACACAACAAACGCCACGCGCGCGCAGGGAUCUCAUCGCGCCAUCGCACGCGCAGGUGGUUUGUGUGGCGCGUGACGGUGAGCUAUGGUGAGCAGCAUGGCCAAUUUCGGCGACACUAAAGCAGUGGAAGAGGGAAAUGGAGAUAUUCCUGCUUCAGAUCUGAAAGCCAAUCAGCUUGACAAUGAGUACACCAGCUCAGAAAGUGCAGAAUCAUCAUCAGAAGAGAGCGCAGAUGAAGAAGAGGAGGAAGAAGAAGAUGAAGAGGAAAAUGAGAGGGAUCCAGAAAACGUGGCAUCAUGCGCUGAAGGAGACGCCAACAACUCGCAGACAGAGACCAGAGCAGACACGAGGAAUGGAGACCACUUGAAGCCAUCCUGUGAAAAAUGUAGCAUUCUUCAGAGACCGGUCUACCAGCUUGUCACACCCAAACAAAUCUGUGAAAAUCGUUGGCAGUUGACACUGGAGGACGAGGGAGUGUAUGAGUGCUCAGAGACAGGGCUGGUGUUUGAGGUGUCUCAGAGGGUCCGGAUCCGCUACUGUGUCCUUUCCUGGAGCAAGUUCGGUGCAUUCCUGAGUGACUCGUGGAAGUUUGCCGGCCCCAUUUUCGAUGUGGACUGCGAUCCUUCCAUCCUCAAGUCCAUCCAGUUUCCUCAUUCACUCUGCCUGGCAGAUCAGGACAACGAGGUGAAAUUCAGCGUCCUACACGUGAAGAACCACCGAGGCCUGAUCGAGCCUUCAGUCGAUCACUCGCGCAGUCAUAUAAAGUGGAAUGUGUCGUCACUGUCUCCGGUGGGCCCGGUUGUACAGACGUCUAAGCCAGCCGAGCACCAUGGUGUUGUCCAGGUCUAUAAGGAAGUGGGCCAGCAGGACUCGUACUCAUUCAGGGUCUACCUCGCUACCAACAACGACUCGGACAUCGCUGACAUUAGAAAGGAGGUAAGGACCGCGAAGAAAAAGUACAUGAAGAUCGAGAAGCCGCCUCAGUGCCAGAAGCUGCUGGAGGAGAACAGGAAGUACCGUCUGAUCAGUGAGCCCCAGGGGGACAUCACACCUGAGGACAUCCAGUUCACUCUGGCUGUGGUGAAGAUGAAGGGUUACUUCGAGGCGUUCUUCGAGCAGCGUCCUCCGUUCAAGCUUACGCUAAUUGAAACAGAGUCAGAGCAAAGUGUGUGGUCUGCUACCAUCCGAGAAGGAGACUGUUUGGACAAUACUGUUGAAAAAAACCGAAGCCGAUCAUGCAGCCGGAAGCGAAACUCCUCCAUGUCGGAUGUGGAGCUGAUGAAUAAGAGAGCUCGCUGGUGUGAUGAAUCAGAUGGUGUGAAAAUGAAAGAGGCAGACUUGAGCGAUAAGCAGCUAAUGCAGGUGGCCAAAUGCAUGGGAAAGGAUUGGAAAUGUGUGGCCAUCGCUUACCUGGACCUGACCAAACAGGAUGUAGACGAGAUUGAGACAGCAAAUAAGGGGAACAUGAAUUGUUUGAAUUUCCACAUACUGGAUCGCUGGCGGAGUCGGCAGUCUAAGGGAGAGGCCGGAGUCAUGCAGCUGUAUGAGGCACUGAACCAGGAAGAUGUGCCCAGAGAGGUCAUUGACAGACUGGAAGAUAUGCGGCACAGUGUUUCACCUAAGUAAAUCCGGAACUUUUUCGUGGGUGGAUGUAAAGUACUUCUGGACUUUGUAGAUCAUCUCAGCGCUGGAUUCUGGAGCCAUCAGCUUUAAGACUGUAUCUCUCAGGGUCUGUCUAAUUUCAAAAUUAUUCCCUUUUUUUUGGGAAGGAAUUCAAAAACUUCCAUAGAUUCAUUUUGACAGCUAUUUGUGGAAAGCUAUUUGGUGUUGAUGGAUGGGAAAAUGCAGGCCAGUUACAUUCAUUCUCUUAUAAAGCACAGAUGAAGGCAAGUACACAAUAAUAAUAAUAAUAAUAAUAAUAAUAAUAAUGAUAAUAUGGUGCUGCAAAUAGACCAUGAGAGCGGUGCUCUGUAGCUACUUGAGCGUAGGUUCUAUAUCCCUGUGUACUUGACUGUGUACUUUUUUGUUCAAAUGUAUUUUUCAUACAUUUAAAUUUUCUAUCAUGUUUUCUCUGUGGCUUUAUUCAACCACUCCAAAUAUUGUGUUGACUCAGAGGAAUGCUUAAUCAUGUUUACCUGUGACGAUUUCAAAGCAUUUGGACCAAUUUGUGUUUGUUGUGUAUAACAUUUGGUGGGGUUUUUUGUGUUUUUUGUUUUUUUUUUUCAACUGAGGCAGCAAAAAAGCAUUGGUAGCUUAUAGAAAAUUUAGUAACACUUUCUAUGAAGGCUAUAAGCAAUACACAAAUUGUUAUAAUUAUUUUUAUUCUAUCCACAUUCACUAGGUGUGAGCAAUUGCACGCUCUGAUUGACUACUCUACUACUAGGCUAUCAGCUCAUAUACCAUGAGUAGAGAAAAACAAAAUGGCAGAGCGUGUUGCUGAACCAACCAAGGACGAAAUAAAAACUCUACUCGAAAACAAAAUCCCAAAAAAUACAAAAAAAAGCAACAAAAUAUGGAAUAAAAGUAUGGUAAGAACGUAUCUUUUUUAUUUUUCAAGAAUUAUUAUUGUAGCUUUUUUCACAAAUUGCUACUGUCAUUUUGCCGGUUUGUUUACAUUCUAAGCGGAAAUUAUUUUGUUGGAUGUUUUGUAUGAAGUUUUUAUUUAUUGAAUUUGUAAAAAAUUUUAAAAAAUGCUCUGUUUCUCAAAAUCCAGUGAAUGUGGAUAGAAUAAAAGAGUUAUUCCACUCAGUCUUGUUGUACAUGGCUUAUAGCUGACUCUGUGCUACGUGCCUCAUUGGCUGUUAGCUCCUGUACGACUUGAUUUCGUGGAAUAACUGUUAAAUGACAAGUGCAUUACAGUUUGUAGCACUGUUUAUAAUGUGUUUUUGCAUUAACUAUUAAAAUACAUUAUGUUAAUAGGAUUAUGGCUUAUAGCACAUGAUAUCACCUUUAUAUCUUCUCAUUAUGCAAAGUUGGACUUGGUGAUAUAAUGUGUCAUGAACUUAUAAUGCACCAUGAUAACAAUUUGUCAUAUAGAAUAUAUGGCCUUAUAAAUGCAUUAUAACAUGAUAUGAAUGUUUUCAUAGUUUAUUGUUGAUAUGACCUUCAGAGAAAGUUUUACUAAUUUUUUUUUUCCAGUGAUUUCUGUGUACUGUAAAUAGUAUCUGUGUAUUUCUAGGUCUCUGUAUAAAUUUACUAGUGUAUAUUUUCAUUCUUUUUCUUCUUCUUAUAAUUUUUUUUACAUAUGUAAAUUAGAGUCCAUAGAGUGGUUACUGCUGUGCAGUCUGAUGCCAUCUGAUCUCAAAUGAGGAGAAUUACAGAUCAGAUUUCAUCACAGAAUUCAUCACAUUUUUUGGCAGAAUGUAAGCCAAAGGUGGUAAAAUAUACGUCUCUAUAUUAGGGCUUAUCAUUCAUUCAUUCAUUCUUUCAUUCAUCUUCAGUAAACGUUUUAUCCUGGUCAGGGUUGUGAAGAAUCCAGAGACUGUCCUGGGAACUCUGGGUGUGAAGCAGAAAUACGGACCAAACGGGACGCCAGUUCAUCGCAGGGCAACCUGCACACAUUUACGCAUGCACUUACACCUAGGGGCAUUUUAGUAAACCUAGUCCACCUACUAGAGUGUUUCUGGGUGGUGGGAGGAAACUGGAGAACCCGGAGGAAACCCACACAGACACAGGGAGAAAAUGCGAAACGUGAGCCAGACAGUAACCCGAGCUCAGGAUUGAACAGGGACUCGAGCUGUAAGGCAGCAAUGCUAAAGGCUUUUAGUUUGUUUUGUUUUUUUCUCAAACUCAAAGUUACUAUAUCAAGCAUCAUAGUCUCAGUGUACAGUCAUUGAGGAAAGGAAAUCCAUUCUCAGCAUCCUCACACUAAGUUAAACCAAAAAAGGGAACUACAAGCGCAUUUAAAAGCCAUUUCUGUGUUCAGAAUGGUAUAAUUGUACUGUAAAGUAGUAUGUCUUGAAGUAGUCAUUAUAUCAAAUAUACCAUGCACUGAGAGGCUCUGGGUGAAAUUGUGGAUUCUCUGAGGUGAUACCAAAGAGAAUCCAUAAUUACCGGUGCCUCUCAGUGCAUGGUAUAUUUGAUUUAUAUCAAAUAGAAAUAAACAAAUUCAAACUAAAAAUGUUCAGAUUGAAUCCCGGCAUAAACUCACUGAAGGCAGCCAUGUUUGUUGUUUCCAUUGGACUGACCUUCAACCUGCGCGUGUGCAAUGUCCUGUGCUAUCGCCUGCCUCACUAGGCAUGAUCAUGAUAUGUAGGUCUACACACACAGAAAUGCUCGCUGAGCCACUGCUCUGACUCGAGUCGGCAAUAUAGCUUGAAAUCGUGACAUUGGUUCAUUGUGUAUCCAGGAUAUACCAUGAAUGACUCACACCAUAUCCGUUUUUUUUUAUUUCUGAUGUCACGAGAUACAUUGCUUAAUCAAUGGUGGAACUAUUUUAUGUCACAUGACCCAUCCUUGGCCAAUCCCUGCACGGGAAUUUUUUGAUGAGGGAUAUAAUACACACUAUUCUUCAUACGAGCAGUAUGCAAGAAUUAUUUUGUAUACCGCGCAGUGAUGUAGCUACCUGCUUGCUGAAUUCCCGAGCAUUCUGUUCUGCCAAGAAAGCUAGCGUGACAAGUAGCGAUGACCUAAAGAGAUUUUGAGCGGGGGAAUUAAAUCGCCAGGACACUAAGAAUAUUCACUAUAGGACUAACAGUCUGUUUAGUCAUUGUUAUGAGCUGUCAGCGAGCAUUAACUUGUUAGCACUAUAGAUAGCUAAAGUGCCGUUUUCAGUUUCCUGCAACAUGCAUCAGAAAACAAAUCAUGCUCCUGAUAUGUAUAAUUGUUGCUGUUUCUGUCUUUUUCACUACAGUUUUUAGCAAAUAAUGCUGGAUUCUGUCAAUAAAUACAUAGAAUAUAAUUUUGAACACAGCCCAUGGCUUUGCGCAGACAUAAUUUAAGACAAAUACGUACUAGAGUGUAGUUAAGUAAAAAUAGGAACGAUCAUGGGGUGUGUUCUGGGUGGUCAGGAUCGAACUGACGGGAAAAUACAGAGCAGUCAGGAUGGCUGUGUGACAGUUUGCCGGAAACCUUCAUACAACUAUCUACAUGCACAGCAAUUAGGAGGCAUCAGUGCAUUCAUUUCAUUCAUUCAUGCAAGGAGCAAAAUAAUUGAGGGAGGGCUGUCAUCCGAUUAUUCCGAUUAUUAUUAUUUUCUUAUUACAGCAUGUCCCAAAGUGUUUUAUUCUUCAUAUACCUCAGCAAUCCUUUGGAACAUCUCCAAAAUAAAUUAAUCCCUGCUAUCACUUAUUUUAUAACUGGAGAAACCGGAAAGUUCUCCAUCCUUAAAGAGAUGCUCCAGCAGAUUUAUUCUCAAACUUAUUUUAAGUAAAAGUAGUCACAGAUUUCAAAAAUCAAACUUUCAUUUUCGGAGACCAAAUAGUGUUUGAGAAAAAGCACAAGCUGGAACUAGACUGCAUUUCCA